AUGCUCGGGCGUUCCACAGACUGCAACGCGUGCCAGGCGUCUGAUGGCGGCGGCCCUGCACGUGCCGCCGAGCAACUCCCGGACGCGCCUCCCACUGGAGGGGGUGCUUCGGGCUCGGCUGGUGAGCAGGGCGACCGCGGCGCAACUUCUGGCCAUGCGGACACGCCGACCGCGCUCCAGGCUUCGCUUGAUGAGCAGCAGGAUAACGCCAACGCCCUUGACGACGCGUCAAGCAAGUCGAAGACGGUGGUGGUCAAAACCGCGGGCACUGGCACACAUCCGCGCGCCAGCGGCAACACGGACGCGGCCGGCAGCAAGGGCAACGACGACACUGGUGCAGCCGGUAGCAAGGGCGACGGCAAUACCGAGAGCAAGGCGAAGGACACAGCCGGCCCGGUGGCCACGCGGCUGGCAAGACGGGGGCCUUCGGGGGCACGUCGUGCGCUGAGUCUUCAGGAUUCGCGCUCGCGUGCGGCGCAAUCCUCCCAUCCGGAAUUUGCGGGUCAAGCACCUCCGGCGCGCUUCGCGGUCAGUUCGGACCUCAACCUCACCUUCGUCGGUGUUCCGGCUCGGGUCUUCGACAGCUACGAGGAGUGCUUCCUGCGCGACGGCUUUGGGGGCAUCGAGGCGCUCUGGACCAUGGAAAAGCUGAUUGACUUGCUGGACCCGGGCAUGGAGCUCCACCGCACUGUGCUACGCCUGCGGCCUUCCGACACGGGGCGCUCCAUCUCUGAGCUCCACGGACUCCUGGAUAGUAUUGCGGCCAAGCGCGAACUCGCGUCGCUCCUGCAGUGUUACGACCUCGACGGCGUCGCGCGUAAGGUGUUUGGGACAACGUCGCUGGUGAAAGCCGUGCUACGUCAACUUCGGGAGGCCCGACGCCAGCUUCGCUCGAAUGGGCUAACCGCCAGCCUGGAUUACCUGGCUAAGGACAGCGAGCUGCAGAUGGCCAAGCGCGAUAUCACCGUCCUGAACCGCUGCUGGGAGGAGACCCUGGAGGUCGCCACCAAGAAGCGCGAACAGGGGAUCAAGGAUCACGACCGGGACUUCAAGCGAGCUGCGCAAGAACACGAGCGCCAGGAACAGGCGCUGCAACUCCAAAUCGACAAGCUCUCCCGGGAAAAUGACGAUCUCCGUUCCGUUGUCCGGACGCUGACUUCUCGGCUGAAGGCCGGUUCCAUGAACGUGGGAAAGACGAUGAACUUCCUGAAUCGGCACAACACUCGGCUUGACGGCAAUUGGCCUCGCCUGAAAGCGCUUCCGGAAUCCGCCAACGACAACAAACUUCCUCCGGACGGCUGGGCCACUCAGAUCUUGGUGAACGCGGUCGACGAUUUCGGGGCACAGCCUGUGGCUUACAUCUUUGUGGACGACGGUGACGACGAUCAGGAAGAGAAGGACGACGAUGGCCCGGGCGCGAAGGAGGUAUCCAAGGACGCGCCCUUCGACUUCACCCAAGACUCGUCUGCUCCGUCCACGCCCUCGUCACUCAGGUCCCGCUCCGCCAAGACAUCCCGAGCGCCGAAGGGCGCAACUGGGCGGCACUUCCAGCUCCGCCCUGAGGUGUACACCCCGAAUGAGCUGGACGCGAUGGACCCGCUGACUCCGUAUGCACGGUCGGUGGAGGACGCACGGGCUUCGCUGGUGGCGCAUGCCGUGAUCUGGGACAAGCUUCGCCUGGAUGUGCAGUUGGUGAUGCAGUCUGGACUCGAUUACCUGGACGCGUUCGACCUGGUCUGCGGGGACAAUUACGUGCAUCCUCGGUUCCACGUCCGGGACCUGCUCGAGCUCCUCUACAAGAAGGCCGAUGCCAGACUGGAGCAGCUCACGUACACACCGGACAAGUGGCCCACCCUGAAAAGCGUCCGCCUAGACGAGGAGGCGGAGGUGAUGCAGGCGAUGUAUUCCGAGGUGGGUGACGACAUUGACGACGAGACGCGGGACGAGAUAUUCAGGACGACUAAGCAUUUCAAGGUCAAGCUCGACUUGCGUACCACACCCCCUCGAGAGGCCAAACGUCACAACAGCACAUCUUCCACUACUUCAAGUACCACCGGGUCCCAGCACCCUGACUCCGAAGUCGCCCCUCCUCCGGCCAAGCGUCCGCACGCAGCCCAACGGCGCACGCAGUCCACCCUCGCCCGAAAGGAGUAUGCUGAGCUCACCCCAGAAGAGCUCCAAAUCAUCGAGGUCCCGGAUCGCGGGGUCACUUCUUGGCGUCAUUAUAGGAUACUGGUGAAGUUCCAGCCCGAUACUGCCAAGGCGGUCGAGCAAACCAGUGGAUUCCCGGAUUACACCCCGAAUCUGUCCAAGCCUGAGGAGCGCGACGCCGUUCGGGCACGCUGGCUUUCGGGGCCGUUCAAGGAGCUGUGGAGCGCCAAGCCCUGGGACGAGAUGUUCGACAACCGAUCCAAGUUCCCGGUCUGCCAUGCGCCCCCAAAGGCUGGAACGAAGGCUCUGGCGCGCCUGGAUGAGGUCGUCACAUUUAUGAGCGACCACCGCUGCACAUUCUGGCUGAUUAGUCACUGGUUCUCGAUCUACAACCGGUUGGACGCCUAUUCGGAGGAGUUCGCUGACACCCGGAAACCCAAAUGUGAUAGCAUCCGGGCUCACUACCAGAAAUUGCUGGAUGCCGCGGUCGACGAUGGUCUGGAGCCGUCGUACCUCGAGGAGCCCGGGGUCUGGACGUUCUUAGCCAAGUGCUGUUCCUGGAUCUGGAUGGCGCCCUCGCAGAAGAAUGCCGAAGGCAAGCCGUACUCUCUGCAGGAGCAACUCGCGCUGACGGACCAGCAGGAGCCCGCUCAGGUGCAGUGGAACUCCUGCUCCUCGGACGAGGAGCGCAUCGGCCACGCGCCGGCCCAGCUGGGCCUCCGACUCCUGCCAGAGGCGGACCGCUGUCCCUACCUGGUUUCCAAGAAGUUCCUGUAG